AUGACUAUACACACAGGAGACAAGCCUUUCAUGUGUGGGGAGUGCGGAUACAGGACGACUUGCGUGUCUUACUUACCCAUACAUAUGAGAAAACAUACAGGUGAGAAACCCUUUAGGUGUGAUCACUGCGACUAUUCUGCUGCACAGAAAAGCAACUUAGACCAACACAUGGUUCGAUACACCGGACUUACCAAGGGCAAACCCUGCUCAACUGCGCAGAAAGGUACUUUAGAUCGACACAUGACUGAAGACGACGGAGAGAAACCCUUCAAGUGUGGGGAGUGCGGAUACAGAACUGUUCGCAAGUCUUCCUUAGUCACACAUAUGAAACGACAUGCAGGUGUGAAACCUUAUAAAUGUGACCAGUGCGACUAUUCUGCUCUAGAGAAACACAGAUUAGACCAACACAUGUCUAGACACACCGGUGCGAAAUCCUAUAAAUGCGACCUGUGUGACUAUUCUGCUACACAGAAAGGCGAUUUAGACAAACACAUGGCUAUACACACCGGUGAAAACCCCUACAUGUGUGAAAAGUGCGGAUACAGAACUGCUCGCAAGUCUGACCUAUCUCGACAUAUGAGAAACAUACAGGCGAUAAACCCUACAAAUCCUUCUGCCCCUCACCAAGCCUCCUUGCGGAGUACUAGCAAGUAG